GUCGUCCCACUACAGACAGCAUCUGUCGUCCAGCCAUGUCAGACUCUCAGCACAGGAACUGUUCCAGGAGGACCAGACCUUGUCUUUGACAGGUCGCCAUGAGGACAGUCAGCCUGCUGAGAGAGGGAAAGAAAGUCGUGAUCGACGAUGAAAACUGGUCCAGAAACACCCGCAUGUCCUACACAAAACUCCUCAGCUGUAAAACACCUGGCAAGAGCAUCAGGUGCCUCAAGUUUCACCCGCAGGACCAGCUACAGCUGAACUGGGCCAGGGAGUGGGCAACCCUGGGGGCCAAAGUUCACGGGUCACAGGUCAACUGGAAGCAAGUGGAUGCCAAGAUCGAUGCCUGGUUUGAUGAGAACUGUUGGCAGAGAGGGGUUGAGCGACCAGUACCACCAGCAGAGGCAGAGGGUCUGUCAAUAGACAAACUCCACACACAGUUAACUUGUCAGACACACUACAAGUUUGAGGUCCCCUGUUUGCUGGUACAAUGGGAAGCAAUGGUACAGUCCACAGGAGGAAGACUAGUACUAAGGGACAACAUACUGGACGUCCUUCAGCUGUGGACAGAGGCCAACCCCUGUGGUCACAUUGUGGUCAUCGUGGAUGGACAAAACAAUAUGGCAGGCACCCAUGGAAGCACCAGUAGUCAACAGACCAUCCACCUGAAAUCUGUUAUGACAUCAUUGUGUCAAGAGGUCUGUAACUAUUUUAACAAAUAUCCACCAUCCUUGCUCCUGUACAUUUGGCAGUCGCCCAACCACAGAAGGAUUGCUGAAGCUGUAGGAAUGAGGAACAUCGGUGGGGACAGACUAGUGGCACGUCCCAAAAUGGUCUUAUUGGUACCAAAGUCUGUGGAUGCAGAAAUCCCUCUGACACUCCAGUCCAUGAAGCUAGUGAUGCCAGACACGCCUGCACCCCCACCCACCAUCCCUCUGUACCAAGAAGCCCUGAAACACUGCCAACUGGGCGAGGGGACCUCCUCCACCCCCCAAGUCUGUUACAUCACGAAAAACAUAGGGGUCGUUGGGAGGGUGCAUGGGGUUUGUUUCAAAGACAUUUCUGUUUUGGAGAAGGUGCAGGGUUUAUACAAGGACAAUGCGGCGUUGUUGGAAGAGCCGAAAAGCAAGAUAGAAGAGAUGUGUGGUAGACCAGUAGUGGUACAGGCCAAACCAGUGGAUGGAGAGGACAAACAAGAAACUAGCUCUUCUACUGUCAAUGAGAAAAGAAGCUAUUCUUCAGUAUCUUCCACGUGCACUACCAAGACUAAUAAGAGAACCAUACCGCAAUGGAUGUUACCCAAGACAGAAAGGAAGAGGUCACCAGAAGAUGCUCAGAUAAAAGAACUGUCAGUUUCUCCUGGAAAAAGGAAGCGCAAGAGCCCGGCACAAGCUAACAGGAUAGAGUACUGCAUGAGUGAGGCAGAACUGGUGCAAAUGGCUGAACAGAUAUUGCAAAAGACAAAGGAUCAGUCCAUCAACAAUGGGCAGGAGGAUGAAGAUCUUUUCCCAAAGAAUCAAAAUCAUCAUGGAGAGUCUACAAAGAAAGAUGUCUCGGAGCCAGAGGAAGAAGCCAUUGUUACAAAAGCAAGUGGCAGGACAGAACUGGGAGGCUGA